AUGUGUCUCUUCUUUGGUGGUGGGGUGGUGGUGGGGAUCACUUUCUUCUUGGCUUCUUCAUGGGGACCACCAGUGUGGGCUAAUUUUAAGAUCCGUGCUAGCACUGGCUUUUGUAGCACAUCUAAUAUUGUUCCUUUACCCUGUUUUCUGCAGGAUUUAGGAAUGGAGUCAACCUCCCUGGAUGAUGUUCUCUAUCGAUAUGCCAGCUUUCGAAACCUGGUGGAUCCAAUCACUCAUGACUUGAUCAUCAGCCUUGCUAGAUACAUCCAUUGCCCUAAACCGGAGGGGGACUCCCUCGGGGCCAUGGAGAAGCUCUGCCGGCAGCUCACCUACCACCUCAGCCCCCACUCGCAGUGGAGACGCCAGGGCAUCAUGAAGAGGAAGCCGCAGUCCUGCUUGAAAGCUGUCCUGAUGGGGAAGCCUCAGGACAACACAGUGGACUUGUCAGGCAUCCCACUGACGCUGAAAGACUUGGACCGUGUCACGUCCUACCUCCAGCACAGCUCGGAGCACAUCGACACGGUGGAGCUGUGCUUCACGGAGCUGACGGACGACAUGCUGCUGCAGCUGCUGCCGGCACUCUGCGUGCUGCCCCAUCUCACCACCCUCUCCCUCAAUGGCAACCGGCUCACCAAAGCCAUCCUACGGGACCUCACUGAAACCCUGAAGGACCCCAAGAAGUUCCCCAGUGUCACCUGGAUUGACCUUGGCAACAACGUGGACAUCUUCUCCUUGCCACAGCCUUUCUUGGUCAGCCUAAAGAGACGAUGCCCUAAGCAAGGCAACUUGCCAACCAUUCUGGAGUUCGGCGAGGGUCAGGUAAGCGAUUUGGAGAGCCAAGAUGGCCUGGCUGAGAGUCAGGAGGACCUGCAAGCUGGACCAGACAAGACUGAUAACAUAGGCUUGCAGCAGACAGACAGAACAGUCGAGGUUGGGGAGUUCCCCAACUCGGAGCAAGGUGCUGCGACAGCGCAGACAUGAUGUUUGGCUCUGUGGCUCUUGGGUGGGCACAUUGAGCAAGGAUGACUUAAAACCAAGACCUCAGCACUGGAGGUCCCAGCAGAGGGUCAAGUCACAUGGUGGGAUGCUUCGGGAGUCUGGACUGCUGCCUUCCACCCGUAAGAUGAAUGUCAACUUUUUUUCUUUUCAAAGAACGCAUAAAGGUGAUCGCAUUGAAUAUUUGUAUUUUAUAAAAGCUGGCCAGGUAUUUUUAAACAUUAGUGACGUGUUGUGCUUUUUAACCUCUCAAAAAUGCAUCUCCAAGGUGGUGUAAUAAGAGGCCCUUCAAAGAGCACAAAGGGGGAGAAGAAAGGUGCCCAGACUUUGCAGGGAAGGGCUCCCUUUCCUUAGCACUGGAUCUAGCCAGACCCCAGCUGCUCUCCCACAUGUGAUAGAAGACAGCAGUCCCCCCAAAGAAGACUGCCACCAAGAUAAACCUUAAAUCCUUUCCUAUUCUGACUUCAGGAGUUGGGGAUGAAUAGCAUAUCUGCUGAGAUACAACAAAAGUCUGAUCACCCCAGAUCUGACCACCUAACCAGGGGUGUUUCUCCUAACAUGGUGAGCCAGCCCAGAGGGAGAGCUUUGCUUUCCUGGUGCGGAGCUAAAUCCCAGCCCGCAGCAUGCCUGGACACCACUCUCACCCUCCAGCCUUACCGAAAUCAUGCUGGCACUUGUGCCUGCCCAGUAUUCAUUCAGAUGUAAAAUCCAGUUUCCCACCAGCCGUGCUGCUGUAAUAACUCCAGAGCUUUUAGUGUGGUACCUGGAGCUUGCACCAGCAACGCUGAGAGUAUUUGAUCCAUUUUGGGGAGCAAUCCACAAAAUCUGGAGCCAGGGCUCAGCUCAGGCUCAUUCCCGUUGCUGGCAAAAGAGACCAGAAUACUGAAGGUUUAUAAAAUAGAAAUAAUCCUGGGGUUCACCCCUGUGUCACUGCCACUGAGGGCUGGGUGGACACAGCCAGAUAGGGAUUGUUGGGUCACUUGGCUGUGUGUGUCCAUCCCUCCCGGACCAGAAGUGCUUUGUUUCUAAAAUGUUGUUUUGGGUUUGUUGUUUUGUUUUUUUUUUUUCUAAGAGACACAGUUUUGAUUUUUAUUUUUGAUGGAAAAUGCAUCACCCCAAAGCAGCAGCGCUGGAAUGGGCACUUUGGCUUUUGAACCAGAAUUUCAUUUGAUCCUAAACCUGGGGGAGGGCAGGAAAGUGUGGAAAAAAACUUCCUCUCCCCUACAUUCAAAGGACCAAGCAUGACUCCCUUUGCUAAGAGGGAGCCCUUUUUUAUCUAUUUAAAGGCCAUCCCUGAGCAGCUUUACAGCAUCCUUUCCUGGCUCGCAGCAGUGACCCUCUGGCUUUGCUUGCUCUGGGUGCAAAUGCAGUCAGACAGUUUGGUCAUCUCUUUGGCUCUGUUCAUUUAACAUCACUGCACCAGGAAGCUUUUUCCAGAGGGGCUUCAUGCUGUCAGUUGUUGUUUCUCCUCCGUGCACAAGUAGAUAACUUAGAAGAAACUCUGCUACUCGUUUUAAUACAUUUGGCAACGUUCAGUAUGAUUUGCAUGUAUCCGAGCCUUUUUUUCUUUUUUUUAAUGCUUUUUCCAACAGGCAUGAAAAAACUUUGCAGUGAAUAAACUGUUCUGUUUAAAAUAAAGGAGCUAUCCGUAAUCAAAAUAAAUGACAAUGUUUAAUAAA